CUUAACUAUAAUUAAGUUGGUUUUCCAAAAUAAGACAUAACAACAUAAUAACCAGAACUAACCAAAUACUUGCUUAUUUCUACACAAUUAAAAUACAGAGAGUCAAUAAUAACAUUGGACUCCAGUCAAACAUUUAACUUGUUCCCAAAGUAACUAUCAUCUGCCUUUUUUCACCCCACAAAAUUUCUCUGGUAGAACUACUGUUGUUUAUCUAUGCAGUUGAAAUAAAUUACGAAUUACGUUUUUAUUGAAGAAUAAUUUCAUUUUCUAUUAUCUAUGUAAGUUACAUGUACCUUUAUCUAUAGAUAAAUAAUUAUCUCAAUCAUCUAUGAUAAUCUGUGAUGAUAAUAUAUAGUGUAAUAUCCAUGACUGUAUGUAGUGUCAACCCCAGGUUUCUAGAAACUGAAACGUGCCCAACUUUCGACGAUGAGAAUAAAAUAUGUUUUAAUAGUGUACAUAAGUAUAUUGUACAUUAUUCCAAUAGUCCAUGGAGUGGGACAAAUAAUUUAUGCAAUAAAUGCAGGAGGGGAAGCUCAUGUUGAUUCCCAUGGAGUAAAGUAUGAAAGAGACCCUUUACAUGGUCAUGUUGGUGUAGCUUCUGAUUAUGGAAAACGAUUACUUAUUGGAAGAGUGCCCCCACAUGAUCAUAUUCUUUAUCAAACUGAAAGAUAUCAUACAGCUACAUUUGGAUAUGAUCUCCCCAUCAACGAAGAUGGUGAUUACGUUUUAGUAUUAAAAUUCUGUGAGGUAUAUUUCAAUGCCCCUGAUCAGAAGGUAUUUGACAUUGUACUUAAUGGUGAACAUACGGUGGUAGCUGAUUUAGAUAUAUUUGCUAAAGUAAAUAAGGGUAUUGCUCAUGAUGAAUAUGUCCCUUUUAAAGUUUCAAAAGGUAGGCUAAUAGUUAACAGAGAAGAAUCAGAUAUUAUUAGGGGCAAAAUUCGAGUUGAAUUUAUAAAAGGUUAUAAGGACAAUCCCAAAAUAAAUGCUCUCUAUAUGAUCAAAGGCAAUGUAGAAGAUGUACCAAAGCUGCCUCCCCUCAAUGAAGAACCUCUGGAGUCAUUUGAAUCAAAAGUGGAGAAAGAACCUGAGAUUGCCCCUAAGGCUCGAAUUAGAACAACUGCUCAAAAGAUUCUCGAUCUUUAUGAAGAAGAAGAAUCCUCCAUAAUGUUGCCAGUUUUUAUUGUAAUUGGGGCCUUCAUUCCUGUUCUAUUUUGUUUGUGUAAAUUGUGAUAAUAUCUUUAUUAGGUAUUUAAUAAAUUUUGUUGAAUAUU